AUGGCUUCAUCUCCAUCAAAGAGAGAGACUGUUUGCACUAAGCAUCCCGGCUCAGAUCUUGUGCAACUCGAAGAGCAUGGCAGUAACAUCGAUCUCAUGGCGCCGAACACCCAAGGUGUAACCCUGAAUGAGUCCGGCCCGACAGAUAUUGCCGACGGAGAUUCUUUCAUCACUGCUUCAGAGCACUGCCUGGAACAUCCAACAGCAAACAACGCCAUCCAGAGCAAUCGCAGCGACCUUGUUCAGAAUGAUCGCGCUGAAAAUUAUAAGAGCCAGGCUGAGUGCCUUGCAGCCUUCCAAGUCAUCGAGAAUGCUUUGUGCACGCAUCUCCAUCAGCUCCAGCUUACGCAAUCCAAAGCAACGGACAUCGAAUCCAAACUCCAGGAUUUACCCAAAGAAGAGAAAGAGACCAACUUGCUGCUUGCUGCCUUCACCUUUAUCAACUCUCUCGCCAGUGUCAGCCAUAUUUUUACAGCCUCUAUUGCCAUGAUGGAGGGUGCGAAGGAUCCUGCAAGCCUCUCCAAGAUGAGGACAAGAGCCCAACCCUCUGACAGCCCACCUGUGCAGACUCCGGCUCCGGCAUCGCCUGCGAUAAGCAUCUCUACAAUAUCUGAAGAAGCACAGAUAGAGGACAGUUCAUCCGAUCUUCUACUAGACUGCCCUCCCUCCGAUAACGAUACAACGGAUCUCAUGAUUUUCGAUACUCCAGACCGCCAGUGCCCCGCGACUCGGAACACAGGAUCUUCGGAAAUCGAUCCUUUUAUCGACGCUCCACAAGAGGCAGCUGCAAGACUUGAGACGCCUGAUAUUGAAAUUCGUCUCGAAUUCCACUCUGAUUUUACCAACCUCUAUGGUCGACGACUAUACGUUCCGUCUCUGCCAAGUACUCCUGCAGCAGAGCGAAGCCGGCGCGUUAUCCUUAGAAACUUGCCACCAACCGCAAAGUUAUCGCAGAUUGCGAGAGGCAUCCAAACCCACGGGCAGAUUCUUAGCAUUAUGCCUCUCAGCACCCUGCCUUUGAGUAAUGAUGCCACAAAGACAGUCAUGGUGGAAUUCAUCCACCCCAAACCAACCGCAGAAUUAGUUCGCACAAUUCAGGUUUCGCCUCUCAUCUACGAGGAUGCAAAUCUGAUUCAAUACCAAGCAAGCGCGUGGCUCGUUCCAACUCCUUCCUUUGGCCUGUCCUGGGUAGAUAAAGACGUUGUUUCCCAGAAAUACAGUCGAUCGCUCAUGCUGAAGGAGUUCCCCAGCGACUACAUCUGGUACUUCAUUGGCAAAGUUGGGCUUCAGCACAUCGUCCGCGUCGAGCUCGAUGUGCCAAAUCACUCGCUAUGCAUCGAACUAACGUCUAUGUGGCAGACACGAAGAGUCGACGAACUCAUUUGGAGAGGCACAUUUUCCGACAUUUUCAAAUACUGCCAUGAAAAGGGCACGUUGAGGUUCAUCGUCCCCGACGUGACGCAGAUAUGCGACUACAACGACAGGCCGCCUUAUGGCAUAAUCAAACAACUGCCCGAAGAUGAUCUUGAGAGACAAUGGAAUGUGCACCCGUAUAACCGCCUGCCUCCUCAUCUCAAAAAGGAAGCCGUCCAACAGGGCCCGACUCGACUCUCUUUGGAGAAACGCCUUGCUUUGCAGCACGACAUCGAAGAAGAUGAAGUCGAAGACCUCCUCCUAGAUCUCGAGAACCACAAGGAUACAGAUUACAAGAUCAUCGGCAGCAACAUCACUCUAACGCGCCGCAAAUGGAGCUGGAGCAUGACCGACGAAGACGACACCAAGCUUCUAAUGGCAAACACCCUCCACGAGCCCGAGUGGGCAGAGCACUGGGACAAAUACUUCCAGGACCGCGGCGAGCUUAACAUUCGCACGUGGGAGGCGUAUGGCAUGAUGGCUAACCACCGUCGAGAGAAGGCCGCCGAGCAGGGCCUCGAUCUAGGCGCAGUGCCCAAAUGCGACAAGGGAUGCGAGAUGGGAUGCCAGGACCUCAAGAAGACGCCUGUGGAUGCUGAGAUAAAACAAUGGCUCAAGCGGUAA